GUCACGUUUAACCCUGUUCUACGUGUGUCCCUGCCACUUUAUGUCCUCAGUGCGGCCAGCCAUGACCAGUACCACGUGACGAAGUCAGAAAACUCGCCGAGCAACUUGUAUACAUUGUAUGAAAAAGCUAAAAACCACACGGCGGGUGCACCCUGUGGGAUAUGACAAGUACAGGCUGCCUGCUUAUCACGGCAUGGUCUUCUGCCAGUCGUCAUGCGAAUAUGGUCCUAUCUUCUUCAGUUCGAGAUUGUCGUCUUUGUGCUCGCGCUAGGCCAUUUUGGGCUGUUGAUGCUGUAUGAGCCACCAGCCUCGACACCGAGGGCCGACUGUUGCUGUGAAGAAAGAGUUCAACGACAAGACACUGACGGAGAAUGGCGACUGAUAAAACUGAGCCCGGUGGUUGACGAGACACGAGAGAAGCUGUUGGUAAACAAGUCAUUACAAACCUUAGCAGCUACAGAACACGCGCCAACGACUGUUGUAAAGCCGGUAAAGAAGGAACCUGGGUCGGAGAGGUGGAAGGUGUCUCUGUGGGGAGGGUUCGACUUCACGACAAUCCGGUCCAUAAGAGGAUCCGUCUUGAAGGAUACGAAAGUCGCCACCCACUGGUACUGCUCCCGGACCAACAUGCCGCUACACUCCACCUUCAAGUUCUAUGAUGGAAAACAACAACACAGGGUCAUGAGAGGGACAUACCAGUAUUUACCACCGGAAACACAGUUUCCCGAAAAGCUGUACCGAACCUGUAGUGUUGUUGGCAACGGCGGGAUCCUCAGUGGCACAGGCUGUGGCAGCCAGAUCGACUCCGCUGACUACGUUUUCAGAAUCAACCUACCUCCUGUGAGUGGAGACGUUGGUAGGAAGGCGAGCUUCGUCACCAUCAAUCCUUCUCUUCUAACAGAACAUUAUGGUUCGCUCAAAUCGGACGACGGGAGACAGAACUUCACUGCUAUGCUUGACUCCUACCUCGGAACGACCACCUUCUACACGCACCCGUUUUCCAACAUCAACAGUCUGCUGGUGGUGACCAUCGCCAUCGCCAUGUGUGAGGAGACCCACGUGUACGGCUUCUGGCCCUUCAGCACGGAUCUGGACGGGAAGCCGCUCAACUACCACUACUACGACCGCGCGGUCACCCUGGGCAGGAGGGUCGUCUCACGGAAGAACCAGUGGACGGUGGUGGAGAUGAACAAAUAUCACAAGAUGAAGACAGAGCACGACAGACUGUCCAGGCUGCACGAGAUGGGCGUGGUCCGGAUGCACGUGGGGACGUGUGACGUCACAGAUAGUACAGAGGACAAGCGAAACAUACAACACGACAUUGAGACACAAACUGAGAGAAAACUGCAAUCUCAAAAAGUCGUCAACCAAAGUAGCUUUAGAGAAGACAAUUCCACAUGA